CAGUUGCUCAGUCGGUGGUGUGAGUGAUGUGCAACAGAUCAAUGAUGAGAAUUGUGUCUCUGUUGAGUCUCCUCUGGUCUCUGGUGGAGGUCCACUCUCAGAGCUUUCCUUAUGUCUCCUUCAUGAGCCAGACUCUGGCCAACAAUUCCUAUGUCAACAUCAGUCAAGUGGGGGAUGAUCUCAGUGGUAGUGACGGUGUUCAAUGUAUCACUGACCUGAGCACAUGUUGUACUGGUGUUCAGGGUUCUCAUCGUGGAGACUGGUAUUUCCCUAAUGGUACUCUACUUGAUUUCACUUGGAACAUUCGUAAGUCUCGUGGAGAUCGGAAUGCCUUCUUACGUCACCGACCUGACACUCCUAACUCACCAACUGGUAUCUAUCGCUGUGAUAUUCCAACUCUUGCUGUCCAUGAUGAUACUGACAUUUCAGUGAGAGACACAGUCUAUGUGGGACUGUAUACUGCCAGUGGAGGAACUAUCUCAAUAUCUGGAGGUUUGACAUUUGACCCUAGCCAGCUGACCCUCACCUGUAUCUCCACUGGUGGACCUGCUACCACUGUCACUUGGACCAGAGACAAUGUCAAUAUCACUGGAGAGCAAAAUGAGACUGUGUUGAAUGACCCAGUGACUGCACAGUACACCCACACUCUGACUGUGACUACUGCAGGAGAGUACACUGUACUGUGGCUAAUAACAAGCCAUCUUCUGAUUCAGCUAGCACCA